UCCCAAACGAAAAGGGAACAACGAAAAACUCUUUGUGGAGUAAUUUUUUUCUUUUUCUUUUUUGGUAUAUGAAAGAGGGGAUUAAAACCCUAUAAACCAAGCUUCCAUUUUUUCCUUAAAUUUUCGAUUUCUGAGAUAUACCCUCAGUGUGUUCAUCAUCAUUUUCGAAAAAUGUCCGUUUCGGGAUUGAGUUGUAAUUCUCCAAGAUGCUUUCUUCGCCCUACUACACUCACAAGAGGAUUACGAAGUCCUUGUGAUAGAGUUUCUCUCCUUACUCGUAGUAGUAGUAAUUUCAUCAAGAAUAUACAACCUCUUCGUAUCAACAGCGGGAAUUACUGGAUUUCUCAUCCAUGGAAACCAAAGGUUAAGCAAACUUACCGAAUAAAGAGUGCUAUGGAUACUUCAUUUGGUGGUGAUAUGACUGGCGACUCUGCUGGUGCAAAUAUCUUUCCGAGAAUCAACAUUAAGGACCCAUACAAAAGGCUUGGUAUCAGUAAGGAGGCUUCUGAAGAUGAAAUUCAGGCUGCAAGAACUUUUCUGAUGAAUAGAUAUGGAGGAAACCAACAAAGUGCUGAUGCAAUAGAGUCGGCCCAUGACAAGAUAAUCAUGCAGAAGUUUCACGAAAGGAGAAGGCCGAAACUGAAUAUCAAGAAAAAAGUCAGAGAUGUUACACAAUUACGCGUUGUGCAGGCUGUUACCAGUAGGUUUCAAACUCCUUCCACCAACUACAUAAUAAAGACAGCUGCCGUGUUUGUGGUACUCUGUGUUCUUACUGUUCUGUAUCCGACGGAAGAAGGACCUACUUUACAAGUAGCCAUUUCCUUGUUGGCAACAAUAUACUUCAUAUAUGAUCGACUAAAGAGCCGAAUGCGAGCUUUCUUAUCCGGAGCUGGGGCAUUUGCUGUUUCAUGGCUUCUGGGGACCUUUCUAAUGGUAUCUGUGAUUCCUCCAGUCCUUCGUGGCCCAAGGAGUUUGGAAGUGACUACAUCUCUUCUAUCGUAUGUGCUUUUAUGGGUUUCUUCUGCUUACCUGAAAUAAUAACUUCAAUUAUGCCUGUCAGCAACCUGAAUUUUUGUAGUUGAUGAAAUGAAAGCGGGUUGUUUUUUGUCUUCAAGCAAGUGCAGAGUUGGCUUUCUGAAAUGAGAAAGUGGGGAGAAAUAUUAGGGGAAGUAAGUACGGUCGUUAGAAGUGUAAUGGCAGUGGCAGGUGUUAAAUGCAUGUUAAGAAAAGCUAAAACAGUUUUUAUCUAAGCAUUCCAUACUUCUGUUGAAGAUGGAGCCUUGCAUUACAAUUUUAUUAGCAAAAUGUCAGAUGGGGUUCUUUUGUUUCCUA